UUGUACGAAACACAUGUACUGCCUAAAAAGUCUGCAGCAUGUAAACAAUGGUUUGUUAUAUAAAAAGAAGAAAUUUCCAGUGGUAGGUACAUCACCAGCUCAGUCAGCUCAGUCAACUGUUACAACCUGAAGAAGAUCAGUUUGCAUAAUUUCAAGAUCAUGACAACAAGCAUGCAGCUAUAUACCUUUGAACUGCUACUUGCAGUACUACUAUUCACUGCCAUCCCAGUAAGCAGCCAAGUGGAAGGGUCUCCCGAACAAACAUGCUUCAGAUGGAGAGGAGAUUUCAGAAACUGCAUGUGUGGUCAAAUGAGACGAGACAGUGAGGUGCACUGUCAUGAUGACAAAACCUACUACCAACCAAUUCUAUCUCAAGACUUACGAGCAUGCCCCUUUAGGUGUGAAAAUGGUGGCAUUUUCAAUCACCAAAAAAAGCGAUGCGAUUGUCCUGAAGGAUUUUUCGGCCUCUGCUGCAAUACAGAAUCUCGAUACGGCAUAUGUGGCGAAGUACUACUGAAAGCUGAAGGUGUGAUACGAUCCAUUGGAUUCCCCUCUCCUUACCCCUCAGACCAGAGGUGUGUCUGGAAAAUAAUCACCGACCCUGAACGAAGAAUCGCUCUGAGUGUUAAAGAUAACGCCUUUGACAUUGAGCAAGGUUCAGAUUAUCGCAGUUGCAGCCACGACAAGCUGGACAUUUUUGACAGCGAGAAUAGAGAUGGACUGAAAAUUGGAUCGUUUUGUGGAAAAGGGAUGAGGAAGCUCGAAACAGUAUACAGCACCCAAAACCAUUUGUACAUAGAAUUUGUGUCUGAAACAUCAGAUAAGAAUCAAACUAAAGAAGGAUUCGAACUUCAUUACACCACCUUUCUUGAAGGCAAAAAAUGCGGACCAAGAACACACUACAACUUGGAAACAGGAAUAAUCACUUCUCCAAACUACCCAGUUAAUUAUAAAGAACAAGACAAGUGUGAAUAUGAGAUUCAAGCUCUCCCCGAUCAUGACAUCCAAGUAACAAUUCUUGAGAUAAACAUGCCAGCACGGGCAGACUGCUCAGUUGGAGAUAAAAUUACAUUAUCGAAAAAAGGAAACGAUCCAGAGAUGGCAAAAGAAGUGUUAACGAUGUUUUGCGGCACUGAGCCACACCCAAGUUUCACAGUAAAAAAUCCCAGUAGUGUAAUUCUAGAAUUCACUUCUGACAGCAGGGUAGGAGGUACAUUCAAAUUGAGAUACAACCAAAUACCAUCAGCAGCCUCAACAAUAGAAGUAAUAACAUAAUCAACUUAUAAUCACUCCUUUUUAUCCUCAUUUUUGAAUCACUCCGCAUACACCGCUGUGCAGUGCAAUGCAGAGAACUUUGAAAUGGCUCAUUUUUCACUAUAGAUAUUGAAUUACCCAAUCCUCCCAUACAUGCCAUAUAUUAAUGUUGAAUUAUUAUCAUGCUAUUUCA